AUGGGGAGGGUCAGGACAGCAACACUCAAGAGGAAUCAGGAGGGAGGGAGGGACAGCAAACACCAAGAGAGAGGGGAGGGUCGGGACAGCAACACUCAAGAGGAAUCGGGAGGGAGGGAGGGAGGGACAGCAACACUCAAGAGAGAACACUCAAAGGGGGAGGAUCGGGACAGCAAUACACAAGAGAGAGGGGGAGGGUCAGGACAGCAAUACACAAGAGAGAGGGGAGGGAGGGUCGGGACAGCAACACACAAAGAGGGAGGGGAGGGUCAGGACAGCAAUACACAAGAGAGAGGGGGAGGGUCGGGACAGCAACACUCAAGAGGGAGGGGAGGGUCGGGACAGCAAUACACAAGAGAUGGGGAGGGUCGGGACAGCAACACUCAAGAGGAAUCCAGGAGGGAGGGUCGGGACAGCAGGGACAGGGACAGCAACACCCAAGAGGAAUCGGGAGGGGAGGGAGGGACAGCAACACUCAAGAGGGAGGGGGAGGGUCGGGACAGCAACACCCAAGAGAGGGGGAGGGUCGGGACAGCAACACUCAAGAGGAAUCGGGAGGGAGGGAGGGGGAGGGACAGCAACACUCAAGAGGAAUCGGGAGGGAGGGGAGGGACAGCAACACCCAAGAGAGAGGCGGAGGGUCGGGACAGCAACACCCAAGAGGAAUCGGGAGGGGAGGGAGGGACAGCAACACUCAAGAGGGAGGGGGAGGGUCGGGACAGCAACACCCAAGAGAGAGGGGAGGGUCGGGACAGCAACACUCAAGAGGAAUCGGAGGGGAGGGAGGACAGCAACACUCAAGAGAGAGGGGGAGAGGGAGGAGUCGGGACAGCAACACACAAGAGAGAGGGGGAGAGGGACAGCAACAAUCAAGGGAGAGGGGGUCGGGACAGCAACACUCAAGAGAGGGGGAGAGGGAGGGUCGGGACAGCAACACUCAAGAGAGAGGGGGAGGGUCGGGACAGCAGCACACAAGAGAGAGCGGGGGGAGGGAAGCAACACACAAGAGAGAGGGGGAGGGUCGGGACAGCAACACUCCAGACUCACAAGAAGUCAUAA